AUGAUAUUAAUUAAGGUUGUACUUCAAUUUUUUCAGCAUAUUUGGAGUAUUAUUAUACAACAUUUUCUCCAACAAUCACACACCAAACAACCAAUUCCUCUCAGCGUAAAUUAUCAUUUAACCCGUGCAUGCAAUUACCGAUGCAAAUUUUGUUUUCAUACAUCAUUGACUAACGAUCGUCUUCCAUUAGAUGAAGCUAAACGUGGUAUACGUUUAUUACAACAAGCUGGAACAAAAAAGAUAAAUUUUUCUGGUGGUGAACCAUUUUUAAUCGAACAAGGACGUUAUGUUGGUGAAUUAACACGUUUUGCUAAAGAAGAAUGUCAAAUGGCAACAAGUAUUGUUUCAAAUGGAAGUUUAAUAUCGGAAAAAUGGUUUGAAAAAUAUUCAAACUAUUUAGAUAUACUUGCUAUAUCAUGUGAUUCAUUUGAUGAUGAAUGUAAUCGACAAGCUGGAAGAACAAAUGGUUAUGAAACACAUUCACAAAUUGGACAUGUACGUCGUGUAAGACAUUUAUGUGAACAAUACAAUGUUAUAUUUAAAAUAAAUUCUGUUAUUCAUAAGUAUAAUUAUGAAGAAGAUAUGACAGAUGCAAUUGAAGAACUUGACCCAGUACGAUGGAAAGUUUUUCAAUGUUUACUUAUUGAAGGUGAAAAUAUGGGUGGUGACAAUAAUUUACGUGAUGCUCGACAAUUAGUAAUUAGUGAUGAACAAUUUCAAGAAUUUUGUCAACGUCAUAAACAUUUAAAAUGUUUUGUACCUGAAUCGAAUUUAGCUAUGAGAAAUUCAUAUUUAAUACUUGAUGAAAAUAUGAGAUUUCUUGAUUGUACAAAAGGUCGAAAAGAUCCAUCACCAUCUAUUCUUGAUGUUGGAGUAGAAGCAGCAUUAGAUCGAAGUGGUUUUGAUGAAGCAAUGUUCUUUCAACGUGGUGGAGAAUAUAAAUGGACAAAAGAAGCAGUAGAUUUAAACGAUUGGUAA